AUGAGUGACACAUCUCCAGUCCAAGUCACUGUAGGUGAAGAUAGCCAGUCUCAGACCAAGUUCUCCCCUCACCGCUCCGAAAGCCUGAUAGCUCUUAAAGAUCUGCCACUACUACAGAGGAGAGAGUUUAAGAUCCAGGGUGGGCAGAUAGGUGAUAAUGCUUCUGACAUAAGCUACAGCAGCAUUAGCAAGCAAAUGGACAGAGGAGUGAAAGAAAAUCACAUCGAAAAUGAAGUGGUUCAAGCCGUCCUCCGUAUCAUCAAGCCAGGCAUUUUCAAAGAAAUGCUCACCAGCAAAGAGGAGAUGCAACCCAGACUGCCUGUGGACCUCAUCUUCAAUCUCAACCCUGACCAAGAUCCCACCACUCCUAGAGGUUAUGCAGAGAAGUGGGCAGCAAGGAUGAAGGAGGCCUACAGGAUUGCCUCCGAGAAUAGCCAGCAAUCAAGUGCAAAAGGAAAGAAAUCCUAUGACAGACACACCAGAGGGACUGUCCUUGAACCAGAGCCAGAUGCAGAUAAGUCUGAAAAUGAGAACAUUGAAGUUCCUGCGGAGGAGGUACAGAGGGAAACAGACCCUGAGGACAACGACGAACCAGCAGCUCCACUUCAACCUGCAGACGCCAAUGAGGGAGAAGAGGAUGAGCCCGAGGUCCGGAGGUCCACUCGUGCCCGCAGGCCACCGCAGAUGUUCACCUACAAUUCCCUGGGCCAGCCAACAUUCCAGUUCCAGCCGCCACCAGCUGUCCAUGCAGUCGAAGCCUUCUUGCCACCAGCGCGCACCACGGAUCCCCGCUACGGAACCACAGCCACCGGGAAGCCUUUUCUGCGGCAUUCAGGAUGUUCUUGGGGGCUCUUCUUGACUUCAGUCCUCUAA